CACGAAUACGGUCGACCCCUCAUGCACGACUGGAUACUACUGCAUCGUAGCCCUCACCAUGGAGGACCAGGCUGACUCCGCCUCCAAGACGGACGCCUACACCACAGCCAAGUCGUCCAAAUUCCACUUUAAAUCCUCGUCCUCGCGCCGCAGACGACGUCAUGACCGCGAAGACGACGACGACAAGGACAGACAACACCGCUCUUCAAAGCGCCACCGACCAGACGACGGACCCUCUACCAGACGCAGCCACCAGUCCUCCCAGCGCAAACACAAGCAAAGACAUCGCUCAGACCGGCAUCCCACAUCCACCCUCGAUGGAGAGUACUACGACCCAGACCACCGGUAUCGUGAAUCUUUGUUCGAUGAGGUAGAAUCGAACGACCAAGAUGUUUUCCGUGAAUCGCUCUUCGACGCGCUCGCCGACGACGAGGGCGCCGCCUACUGGGAAGGCGUCUACGGUCAACCAGUGAACAUAUAUCCCACUGAGAAGCGCGGGCCAGAUGGCAAGCUUGAGCGCAUGACUGAGGAUGAGUAUGCAGACUUUGUGCGAACCAAAAUGUGGGAGAGAAGCCAUCAGCACAUCGUCGAGGAGCGGGAGGCGCGAGAGCGGGCAAGACAGAAGAGGAAACAAGAACGCGCGAGCUAUGACGAGGACGCGGAGAGGGAGGAGAGGGAGAGUGCGGGGAUCAGGCGGCAGGUGGAAGACAGUCUGAGACGGGGCGAGGAGAGAAAGAGAGCUAAGGAGGCGGUGAAGAGUUGGGAGGUGUACAGCACGAAAUGGGAGACCCUGAAUGAGUCGGACAGCGCAGCAGAGGCCGAGGGAGCGGACGUCAGGGAGUUGAUUCCGUGGCCGGUCUUAUCUGGUAAGGCCAAGCAUGUCGAGAAACAGGAGAUUGAGCGCUUCUUGCGCGCCUCGCCGGCUUGGAAAGAUGAUGUGGAUGCGCUGCUCAAGGCGGAGAGAGUGCGGUGGCAUCCGGAUAAGAUGCAGCGAAGGUUUGGAAAGCGGAUUGACGAGGAAACGAUUAGGGAUGUUACGGCGGUGUUUCAGGUCAUUGACCAGAUGUGGAACGCACGACGAUGAAGCCCUGACAAGAGCCGCGAUCUCGCAGCCACGAUCUCGCAGCCUGGUUCCAUUCGAGAUGGUAUGAUAGCUCGAAUGCACUCAUCACCUCGCCUCUACAUGAAGCUGCCCAACUUGUCGAUCGUAUGUCUCCACCUUCUCCACCAUCCCCAAACCCUUAGUCUUCAUCAAA